AGCAGACUCCAUCAACAUGUCCUUCUCCAGCAGCAGCUUCAGAUCAUCCUCAGGUGGAUCCAUGAGGGGCUCAUCUAUGGGAUCCUCACGUAUGUCCAUGUCUGGAGGUGGUGGCAUGUCCAUGUCUGGUGGUGGCAGCCGCAUCAGUGGCAGCGUGUACGGGGGUGCUGGUGGCUCUGGGGUGCGCAUCUCCAGUGCCAGAGCCUCCAAGUCCUUCUCUGCUGGUGGUGCUGGCUUCGGUGGAGGCUCCAGCUUCAGUAUGUCUGGUGGCGGAAGUGGCAGCCAUGUCAUCGGCAACGAGAAGUUCUGCAUGCAGAACCUGAACGACCGUCUGGCCACCUACCUGGCCAAAGUCCACACCCUGGAGAAGGCCAACGCUGAGCUGGAGCUGAAGAUCCGCCAGUUCCUCGAGGCCAAAACCUCCCCCACUGCUCGCGACUAUGGCUCAUUCCAUGUCAUCAUCAGUGACCUCCAAUCCAAGAUGCAGGACGCCAUCCGUAUGAAUGGUGCAGUCCAUCUCAGCAUUGACAAUGCCAGGCUUGCCGCUGAAGACUUCAGAAGGAAGUAUGAGAUCGAACUGUCCAUGUGUCAGUCAGAGGAAGCAGACAUCGCUGGGCUGAGGAGAGUUCUGGAAGAGCUGAAUAUGUCCAAGAAGGACCUGAGCAUGCAGAUCGAGGGGCUGAGAGAGGAGUUGGUCUUCCUCAAGAAAAACCACGAGGAGGAGCUGUUGUCCAUGCGUGCCCAAAUGAGCGGCCAGGUCCAAGUGGAGGUGGACGCUGCACCACAGGAAGACCUCAGCAAAGUCAUGGCUGAGAUUCGCGAACACUACGAGGCUGUCGCUGCCAAGAACAACAGAGAUCUGGAGGGCUGGUUCCACGCCAAGACCGAGGCGCUUAACAAGGAGGUCGCAAUUAGCACAGAAGUUAUCCAAACAUCCAGAUCUGAAAUUUCAGAAGUCAAACGCACACUGCAGAGUCUUGAAAUCGAACUUCAAUCACAAAUGAGCAUGAAAUCAUCCAUGGAAAAUACCCUUGCAGAGACAAAGAACCGUUUCUCCAUGCAGCUGUCGGGUUAUCAGAUGCAGGUGACCAGCUUGGAGAAACAGUUGGUAAAUCUCAGGGCUGACUUGGAACGCCAGGGCCAGGAAUACAAGAUGCUGCUGGACAUCAAGACCAGGCUGGAGAUGGAAAUCGCUGAGUACAGGAGACUGCUGGACGGAGAGAUGACAAGCAGUGUCUCCUCCUCCUCCUCCUCCUCCUCCACCAGCACCAGGAAGGUCAUCACUGUGAUAGAAGAGGUGGUGGAUGGGAAAGUGGUCUCCUCCAAGCAAUCCUCAGCUUCUUCAUAUACCACACCCUGCCGCAGCUUCAUUAACCUGGCUGCCGCCAUCACUGCCCACAGGAUGGAGUGUCUCAGCUUUGUCUUUGAGUUUAGUAACCAUUUUAGAAAGACCUACUACAUAGUACACCUGGGCAGCUGUGGGGCCCUGGCAGCACGGUGUGCCACCCUUCCCCUGUCCUCCCCCCUCCUCCAGACCACACCCUCCCGCAGCUUCAUUAACCUGGCUGCCGCCAUCACUGCCCGCAGGAUGGAACACCUGGGCAGCUGUGGGGCCCUGGCAGCACGGUGUGCCACCCUUCCCCUGUCCUCCCCCCUCCUCCAGACCACACCCUCCCGCAGCUUCAUUAACCUGGCUGCCGCCAUCACUGCCCGCUGGAUGGAGUACUCUGAGAGCCGCACACUAGACACCUGGGCAGCUGUGGGGCCCUGGCAGCACGGUGUGCCACCCUUCCCCUGUCCUCCCCUCCUCCAGACCACACCCUCCCGCAGCUUCAUUAACCUGGCUGCACGCCAUCACUGCCCGCUGGAUGGAACACCUGGGCAGCUGUGGGGGCCCUGGCAGCACGGUGUGCCACCCUUCCCCUGUCCUCCCCCCUCCUCCAGACCACACCCUCCCGCAGCUAUUAACCUGGCUGCCGCCAUCCUGCCCGCGGAUGAGUACUCUGAGAGCCGCACACUAGGUUUGAGACAUCAUCACACACACAACUCCUCUCUGCCCCUCUUUCUUGUCCAGCCCCUGUUGACCAGACGACACCUGGGCAGCUGUGGGGCCCUGGCAGCACGGUGUGCCACCCUUCCCCCUGUCCUCCCCCUCCUCCAGACCACACCCUCCCGCAGCUUCAUUAACCUGGCUGCCACCAUCACUGCCCGCUGGAUGGAACACCUGGGCAGCUGUGGGGCCCUGGCAGCACGGUGUGCCACCCUUCCCCUGUCCUCCCCCCUCCUCCAGACCACACCCUCCCGCAGCUUCAUUAACCUGGCUGCCGCCAUCACUGCCCGCUGGAUGGAACACCUGGGCAGCUGUGGGGCCCUGGCAGCACGGUGUGCCACCCUUCCCCUGUCCUCCCCCCUCCUCCAGACCACACCCUCCCGCAGCUUCAUUAACCUGGCUGCCGCCAUCACUGCCCGCAGGAUGGAGUACUCUGAGAGCCGCACACUAGGUUGA